UCUAUGCUGAUCCCUUCCAGUGAAGCUGCCAGAGGCUUCUCUACACAACCUAUAGAUACAGCAGGAGCAGUGUCCUGGACGCCACUGUCACACACACGAUUCCCCCCGUCUGGGUCCCGCACAGUCCCACGCUGGCAGAUCUCCUCUCCGAGCCCGGGUCAGACAUGAGCUCCAAGCCCAAGAUGGAGUUCAAGGGUGCACACCAAGCGUUCACGAGCCGCUGGAAGAAGACUGACGACACCAUGUGCAUGCACAGCAUGUCCUUCCAUCUGCUGCACGCCAUGAGGAACGAGUUCUUCGCCAGCUACUUGUACCUACUGGAGCAGACCCCUCUGGUCAAGCUCUACGCCGUCACCUGUGAGUACAUCAAGGGGGAGAAGCAGUUCUAUUACCGGGCGCAGAAGUUCUACGAGGAUGUCCCCGCUACGGAGGAGGGCAUGUUGGGGGAUUUCGUGGAGAUCUGCCACGUGGAUCUGGAAGGUUCCAGGCGAUUUCUCAGCAGGUUUAUGGGGCCUGACAAGGCUGGUACAAAGUGUGCCCUGGACUGUGGCUGUGGGAUCGGACGCGUGUCCAAGGGAGUCCUCCUCCCGCUGUUCGAGACCAUCGAGAUGGCGGACAUGACAGAGGAGUUCCUGCUGCACGCCCACGAAGAGUACCUGGGCGACGACGCGGACCGCGUGGAGACCUACUACUGCUACAACCUGCAGGAGCUCUGCCCGCCCCUCAAGAAAUACGACGUCAUCUGGAUGCAGUGGGUCGCAUGUCACCUGACCGACAAGGACCUGAUGAAGUUCCUGAUGCGGUGCAAGAAGAGCCUCCGUCCAAACGGAGUGAUCAUCAUGAAGGAAAACAUGGCUCGCAAAGGAUCCAAACUGGACCCCGUCGACAGCAGCCUCAUCCGACACCUGGACAUCAUGAAGAACAUCAUCUUCAGAGCUGGGUUGGAGGUCCUGGCGGUGGAGAAGCAAGAAGGGUUUCCGGACGCCAUCGUGCCUGUGUGGAUGGUUGCCAUGAAGUAGCGCAGAAACGUCGCAGACCUGUUAGCAUAGUUAGCAUGCGACCACACACACUUUUCAAACACACACUCGGACACUGAAACAGGACGUAACUAGACAUGUACCAACCCUUCCGCUUCAAGAUGUGUAAAUAUUGAGACUGAACUUUUUGUAAGUAAGUAUUAGUUUUAUACCUUCGCCUGUAAUAUUGCAUAUUUAGACCUAGAUUUUUUACUGACGUGCUUUGUCGUGUAGGUUUGUGUGUACAAUACAGAUGUUCCAUUGUUUUAGGCCAGUGUAGGAAUUUUGAGACAAAAACCUUGCAUUUAUGGAUGUUUGGUGCAACAUGUUUUGCUGUCAUUAAAUGCAGCACCAACAUGGACUGGUGCAGUU